CCAUCUUGGUUAAAGAAAUACACUUACCCUCCCCUCCCUCAUAACAUAACAACUUGGACUUUGCAUCCUCUCCUUGAAAAGACUGUAUUCAAAAUGGCUGCUCCUCAACUUCGUCGUCUUUUCAGCCCAACACUCGCGAGGGCGUUUGCCCCAGUGUCAAGAAUAGCAAAUACAAGGCAAUGCUCAGCAUCCAUUGCCCCUGAAGCAUCAUCUUUCAACUCAGGACUCUCUUUUGAAAUGUCAGAUGAAUUGAAAGCACUUCAGGACAUGUCAAGAAAGUUUGCAAGGGAAGAAAUUAUGCCUGUCGCAGCUGAACAUGACAAAACAGGAGAAUACCCUUGGGAAAUAAUCAAAAAAGCACAUGCGCUUGGACUGGUUAAUGGWCAUAUUCCUGAAUCUUGUGGAGGKCCUGGUUUGGGUAUCCUUGAUGCUUGUGUCAUAACAGAAGAGCUGGCGUAUGCCUGCACAGGAAUACAGACUGCCAUUGAAGCCAACUCACUUGCUGAAAUGCCAGUGAUUCUUGCUGGUAGUCCAGAACAACAGAAAAAGUACCUGGGUCGUAUGAUGGAAGAAGCUCUCAUGGCUGCUUACUGUGUCACUGAACCCGGUGCYGGMUCRGAYGUUGCAGGCAUCAAAACAAGAGCAGAGAAAAAGGGUGAUGAAUAUGUGAUUAAUGGACAAAAGAUGUGGAUCACUAAUGGAGGUGUUGCUAAYUGGUACUUUGUGUUGGCAAAAACAGACCCAACAGCUAARGCUGGCCAGGCAUUUACUGGUUUUAUCGUAGAUGCCGACUCUCCUGGAAUCACACGUGGUCGCAAGGAAUGGAACAUGGGGCAACGAGCAUCUGAUACACGGGGCAUCACAUUUGAAGAUGUUGUAGUACCAAAAGAGAAUGUCUUAGGUGCAGAGGGACUUGGAUUCAAGAUAGCCAUGGGUGCCUUUGACAAGACAAGACCUCCGGUUGCAGCUGGUGCCGUAGGUCUUGCCCAAAGAGCACUGGAUGAAGCUACAAAGUAUGCCAUGGAAAGAAAAACUAUGGGAAAGCCUAUCUUUAUGCAUCAAGCAGUAUCGUUCAUCUUAGCUGACAUGGCUGUCGGUGUAGAGACAUCAAGGCUUGCUAUGCAUAGGGCUGCUUGGGARAUUGACCAGGGUCGUCGAAAUACAUACUUUGCUUCAAUCGCUAAAUGCCUUGCUGGUGAUGUUGCCAAUAAAUGCGCUGCUGAUGCWGUUCAGGUGUUUGGUGGAAACGGAUUCAAUACUGAUUAUCCUGUUGAGAAAUUGAUGAGAGAUGCUAAGAUUUACCAGAUUUACGAAGGCACCGCUCAGAUCCAAAGAAUGAUCAUUGGACGUGAACUCAUUGAUAAGGCGAAAAUGAUGAACAUGUAAUCUAUAUUGGACUUGGAGUCGCUCUUUGAUAUCACGAUAUCACUUCGAUAUUACGAGUAGAAUUGUACAUUUCUAAUUUCAAAGCUGUGUAAAAAUAAAGGGUUUUGYCUUCCGCAUUA